AUUGAUUCGAAUGGUGUGAUAGUGAAUCUCGUGCUCAGGUCGAACAACUUCAAUUCCUACGAAUGUCCAUUCGAACAAACCAUGGGAAUCGACCUCGAUCGCAUGUACAAUGUUUUUCAGUUAUGUGGACACGAUGAUAGUUUGACCCUUGAGUCUGUCAGGGACUACGCUGUCAAGUUAAUCUUUACCAGUCCCGAUAGAGAUACAAUUGCUACUGCUCAGUUGAAUCUUGUUUCGGAUUUUCUCUGGACUGAUUUCGUGAUAAAAGAUACUGAGCCUUAUGCUACUGUUAGAAUGCCAUCUUCGGGGCUUGAAAGCAUGUGCAAGAUGCUUAUCGUUGCUUCUGACACAAUUAUUAUCUCGGUUACAAAGGAACAAGUGAAGUUCUCGAUAAUAUGUGAUACUGGAGCUAUAGACUAUACGUUCGUGCAAAGAACAGUUCCUGCCGACAAGCCAGAAGAUGAGACAGUGAUACAAAUGCAUGAGACAAUGGAGCCAGUGAGUAUGAUGGUUGAUCUUGAGUACUUGAAGGUAUUCACAAAGGCAACUCUUUUGUCAAAAACAGUUACCCUAAAGUUCUGUCCUGAUGAUAAUUUGGUUGUUGUGUACCAAAUUCCAAGAUUUGGCUUUUUAAAGUUCUGCAUGCCAAAAGAGUAAUCAAAUUAUUUAUUUAUUGAGAUGUUGGAUUAUUUUGUACUAGUUCAAAGGAUAAUUACAGUUUUUCUCCCUAUAUUAAUCAAGGUUGUACAAAAGCGGCAAUCGGGUCGGAGGCGGUCAGGGACCGACUUACGAUUAAUCGGUGCGGCGGUGAUUAAUCGGUGAUAAAUCAGUUUUUAAAAUUUAAUAUAAUAUAUUUCUAGAUAUU